GGACGGACGUGUGUCUAAGUCAUCAUCUUUGACCAUCGCCUUCUUUCCUUUCACACUCCAAAUUAGCCCUCCCUUAAAUCAUCUUUCUUUCAUCACCUUGAUCACAAUUUCACAUAAUUUUCUUCCCUUUCAUCAAAUUAGUAUUAUCUAAUUCGAGAAACAAUAAUCUUGAAUUUUGUUGAAAUUGAAACCACUACUGUAACUAACUCUAAUUAAUGGAAAAUCUAUGCGGUUUGUUCAAGAAUAAAAAACGAAAGGACUGGCCUGAGAAGAUAAACAACAACAUUAAUACCAAUAAAUUGGUGGUGUUAAAAGAUCCCACGGGCCGAGAGAUUGGGAUACGAUACAAAUUAGGAACGGAAAUAUGGAGAAGUGAAUCCGGAAUAACAUACCAUUGCAAUGACAGACAAACAGGAGAACAAUUUUCUUACAAGUGGAUUUACAAGAAGAAUAAGCUUAGAACUGCGUUUGAUAUUGAAAAUUUGAGAAGAGAAGUUGAAAUCAUGAGGCAUUUACCUGAUCACCCUAACAUUGUUUCGUUGAAGGAUACUUAUGAAGACGACCAUCAUGUUCAUCUUGUUAUGGAACUCUGUCAAGGUGGUAACCUUCUCGAUCGCAUCAUCGGUAGAGGAUACUACACAGAACGCUCUGCAGCGUCUGUCGUCAAAAGCAUCGUCGAAGUUGUUCAGAUGUGCCAUGAACAUGGUGUGAUGUAUCGAAAUCUCAAACUCGAAAAUUGUUUGUUUGCAAACAAAAUGGAUAGAGGACCUUUGAAAGUUACUGACUUUCGUUUGUCAAUUUUCUUUAAACCAGGUGAAAGAUUGAAUCAGAUAGUUGGAAACCUAUACUACAUGGCCCCUGAAGUAUUAAAGAGAAAUUAUGGCUCUGAAAUUGAUAUCUGGAGUGCUGGUGUCAUUCUUUACAUCUUACUCUGUGGUUUCCCACCGUUUUGGGCAGAAACUGAGCAGGGAGUUUCUCAAGCAAUUAUACGAUCUAAGAUUGACUUUAAUAGGGAGCCAUGGCCAAAGGUUUCUGAUAAUGCAAAAGACCUUGUUAAAAAGAUGCUUGAUCCUGACCCAAAGCGCCGAUUUACUGCACAGGAAGUGUUAGAUCAUCCAUGGUUGAAACUUGUUAAGACUGAACCCGAUACAGAAAAAGACCUUCUCAAGUAUAGGCUUAAUACACAUGAUGAGUUGGAUCAUCCAUGGUUGCAGAAUGCAAAGACAGUUUCUAAGGUUUCAUUGGGAGAAACAGUCAGAGCAAAGCUCCUGCAGUUUUCUAUAAUGAACCAACUUACGAAAACAACAUCUAUGGUGAUUCUAAAACAUUUGACUACAAUAGAAAAAGUUAUAGAAAGAGAAAUAUCCUGGGUGAGGGAUACAGGAGUUAAAUUCAGCAAGAUUGACGACCAUGAAGUACGAGUAAGGUUGCAUAAGCUAGCCCAACAAAUUCCUCAUGUAGAUGAGCAAAGACUUAUGAACGCUUGCGACGAAAAUGGUUACCUUGAUUAUGGAGAGUUUUUAGCCAUUUCUGAUCAUCUGAGAAAGAUGUCUCAUGAAGAACACGUCGAUAUAGCAUUUCAAUAUUUUGAUAAAAUGCAAUCCGGGUAUAUUGAACUUGAGGAGUUACAUAAGGCCAUAGCUAAAACUGAUAAGAGUGACACAGAGAGUCAAAAGGUCAUUACGGCAAUUAUGCAUGAUGUGGCCACAAAUAAGGAUGGAAGAAUUAGUUAUGAGGAAAUUACAAAUCGGAGUUUGAAACUGAUGAAGGAGUGGUCAUCAGAAUUGAUCUAUGAGGAUAGACAUGACUUUUGAAAAUGACUAAUUUUACUCAUUGUUGGCAAAUAUGAUAAAGAAAUCCUCAGCAAAAUUCCUUUUCCUUCAUUAUAAUUGUCUAAUUAUUUUGUAUAUGUUUUGGAGAUCCCAUCCCCCUUUUAAUGGGUGAAAUAGGAUACAGGUCUUAGCCAACGAUUGGUAUACAAGUAGAUAUGUCAUAAUGACAAUGAUUUAUCGUGAUUGUUAAAAAACUACAGAGCGUAACUUCUAUUAAAUCAUGGUGGAUUAUUGUGAUUAUGGUGUGUCCAUAGUGACCAAACUCAGUUUGUUGUACCUUUAGAUAGGGAUGAAAUUUUCAGCUAUGUAAAUUAUCGGUAGGUACUAAAGUGUUGACCCCAUUGAGAAAAGGCGGGGAUGUAAUGAUUGUACAUGUUUAUUCAUUCCUCAGCUCAGCACCUCCGUUGAUUUCAGCAGAAUCAUCGAUUCAUCA